UGUGACGUCAUAAGGCCGCGCCGCGCUCCUGCAGCUGUUGUGAGUCGGCUGAAAGGACAGAGUGUCCGAACACCAAGAAAAACUCCUGAGAUCCACGUGACGCACUAUUAUAAAGAUGGCGUUUAUUAAAGAGGAGAGUGAAGACUUGAGGAUUGAAGAAGUAUUCAGUCUGAAACAAGAAGAUACCGAGGAACAAACAGAUCUGAUGACACUGAAAGAGGAGAGUGAAGUACCAAACGAAAUGGAAGAAAAAUAUCAGUAUAAGAAACAUCAUGAUUUUAAAACUGAGGAAAACUGUUUUAGUUGCUCACAGACAGAAAUGACUUCUUCACGAAAAAGAGCUCAAAAGACUAGUAAUUUCACCUGCUUUCGGUGUGAAAGGAGUUUUAAUAAAAGUGGAAACCUUAAAAUGCACAUGAGAAUUCACACUGGAGAGAAGCCUUUUACCUGCCAACAGUGUGGGAAGAGUUUCAACCGAAAACAAACCCUUAACAGGCACAUGCGAACUCACACAGGAGAGAAGCCUUUCCCCUGCAAAAGGUGUGAACUAAGUUUCACUCAAAAAGGAAGCCUUAGAAGGCACAUGAGGAUUCACAUCGGAGAGAGCCCUUUAUCCUGUAAAAGGUGUGAGAAAGGUCAAAAAGGACAUCUUAACAGAUGCAUGAGAGUUCACACUGGAGAGAAGCCUUACGCUUGCCAACAGUGUGGAAAAAGUUUUGAACAACAUGGAAACCUUAAAGUCCACAUGAGAAUUCAUACUGGAGAGAGGCCUUUUACCUGUCACCAGUGUGGAAAAAGUUUCAAUAGAAAAGGAAACCUUGAUAACCACAUGAGAAUUCACACUGGAGAGAACCCUUUCACCUGCCAACAGUGUGGAAUCAGUUUCAAACAAUAUGGAAACCUUAAAGUCCACAUGAGAAUUCACAUUGGAGAAAACCCUUUUCCCUGCAAACGGUGUGGAAAAAGUUUCAAUAGAAAAGAAACCCUUAACAGGCACAUGAUAAUUCACACUAGAGAGAAAACCCAUUCAUCUGCCAACAGUGUGGAAAAAGUUUCAAUCAAAGAGGACACCUUAACAGACACAUGAAAAUUCACAACGGAGACAAUGAGUUUCAAUCAACCUUAAA